AUGACUGACUUUAACAAUAUUGGUUACAGUGAACAAAACAUAACUUCCAGUUUUAUUAUCAGAACUAAUACAAGGAGGAAGCCAGGAAACUUUGCACAGAGAAAAGAAGCCCAGUUUUAUGAAAAACUAUGCAUUUUUUGUAAUGAAAACCACAGCCCAGUAAAUUGUAGCCUGGACCACAACAAGAAACUGGAAAAAAUCAAGAUGGACAAGUUGCGUUUUAUUUGUCUUGGCAGACACAAAGUGGCAGAUUGCAAAUCCAACAAAACAUACAAAAGGUGUAAUCGGCGUCAUCAUACCUCAUCCAGAUCUUCUCAAGUUCUACUAAAGACAGCAGUGGCAGAGGUACAGUCCAGGAAUGGAACAGAUUGUCAAGCAAACAUCAUGUUUGAUGAGGGAUCACAACGAUGUUUUAUCAACCAAAAAUUGGCAUCUGAACUCCAGCUUGAGAUAAUUGGAAAAGAAGUAUUCAAUGUUUCAAGAUUUGGAUCGAAGAAAACCGAAGUACAUCACCUUGACAGAGUACAACUAACUAUCAUUGGUGAAGAAAACCAGUACAUGCCGAUAGAUGUACUUGUCGUUCCACAAAUUGGUGUUCCAAUUCAAACCCACUUAGCAGAGAUAAAACAACUUCCACAUCUACGUUAUUUGAAGCUAGCACAUACCAAUCCAAGUGAUCAACCAUUUGAAAUAGAAAUACCUAUUGGAGCAGAUUACUACUGGGACUUCAUCAUGAACCAUGUUGUACGUGGCAAUGGACCAACUGCUGUCAAAUCCAAACUAAGAUACCUGCUAUCUGGACCAGCAAAAAAUGCCAGAGCAAAUACAACAGGUGACAAAGUGUGUGCUGAAAUGGUGGACAGAAAUCCAGAUUAUCCCUCUGCUGAUUAUGGUCUUCCUAUGUACGACUACUGUCCACAGAAUGACUAUGGUCGCCCAUCAUAUGAUUACAAUCAACCCUCCUACCAUCCUCAGCAGGGCCAGGGCUAUGGUCAGGAGAGAUAUGACCCACACUCACAGUAUCAGAGAGCACCACACCCUCCCGUGAAAGAGGAAUAA